AAGCAGCAGUGUGGGUCCCAAGUAGAGAGAGAGAGAGAAAAAAAUACGAUGGGAAUGAGGCGCACAAAGCCGACAGAUGGGCCCCCACACUCCUCCCUCCAUCACCAUUUCCACCUUCCCACACCUACCUUUCCUCUUUGCCCCUUUCCACUUUUAAUUUCCCUCUCUUCCUUUAUCUUCCUCCUUUCAGUUCAAUCCAUCUUCCGUAUUCAGUCUUUGUUUAAUUUCCUAAAAUCGAAAUUUUGUGAGAAACCCAAAAUCGGGUUCUGUUCCUCUCGAAGAAAAAAAGCAAACCGAAAAAAAAAAAUUGAAAGAAAACGGUGGAGAAUUAUAUUCUGAGUUUUUUUUGAUGAUGGAUGGUGGUGGUGGUGGAGUUUCUUCGAAUGGGUCAAUGUCAACUGUGUCAAAAGAAGACAACUUAGUCAUGGUUUCUUCUGAGGUUUCUUCUUCCUACCCAGAUGAGUCUGAGCUGGAGUUGGGUCUUGGCCUUAGUCUUGGUUGCGGCGGUGGCAGAGGCGGCGGCGGGAGUGGUGGUAGUAGAGGUUCUAAUGUUGUUAAGUCGUCGAAGACAUGGGGUCAAGGAGGGGGAGGAAGAAUUUUGACGGCUCAGGAUUUCCCUACUGCGGCGGGUUCUAAAGCUGUUUCCUCCUCUUCAUCGUCUUCCUCCCCAACUGCCACAAAAGCUAUUGGUAACAGCAAUGCUUUCUGCGGCACCAAACGAAACGCUGAUUCCUUUUCGCCUCCUCGUUCUGGUGUCAGUCAGGUGGUGGGAUGGCCUCCUGUAAGGGCUUAUAGAAUGAAUAGCCUAAUCAAUCAGGCCAAGUCACCAACUUCUGAGGUCUGUGCCUCCACCAAUGAGAAGAGUAAAAACAAGAGUCCUCUGUUUGAAAAGAAUGAUGGCAUCAUGAAUGGAAAGAACAAUGACUCUCAGACGAAAGAUAUUUCCAAGAGUUCACAUUUUGUGAAAGUGUAUAUGGAUGGAAUUCCAAUUGGGAGGAAGGUGGAUCUGAAUGCUCAUAAUUCGUAUGAGACCUUAGCUCGUGCUUUGGAUGAUAUGUUUUGCACACCUAGCAAUGCUGUCGGAGCGAGAAGUUAGUUCCUUAUCAUAUUUGAUGAUUUUAUUCUGUUGAAACACUUAACUCUCAUCAAAUCUUUGAAUUAUUUGCUUCUAUUAUGAUUUUAACUCAUGGUAUUUUUAAUUCAAAUCAGCAUCUUGCACAAAGGAGCAGGGUGGAAUUAAAGAAACAGCAGUGUCUUUAAGGUUGUUGGAUGAAGCAUCUGAUUUCGUCCUGACCUAUGAAGACAAAGAUGGAGAUUGGAUGCUUGUUGGAGAUGUUCCUUGGGAGUAUGUGUUUGCAUCUGAACUUUUACAUCAUUAUAAUUCAACUACACUAAUAAAUGGAUUUUAUUCUGUUUUCAAAUACCUUUGGGACUUCUAAUUUUGGAUAGUAUGAGCUGCUUCCUUUUGUUUGCAAGAUUAAGUUAUACUCUGUAUCUAUGAAAAAGAUAACAAGGGGUUCAAACUGCUUGCCUUUGGUACUUCUGUUUGGUUGAUUAGUAUAUUUUUUGAGCAGAGGUUAUAGGUGGUAUCUCUCUUAAAACAAAAGGAGCUAACCAGCCAAGGGGUUGUGGAUGGGUAGUAUUUUUGGGCAGGUUACUUUAAGUACAAAUGUACCAAGAUAAUUUUGGUAAUUGAAAGAGCUGUCUUGAUUAGGGAAAUUGGUUUUGUAUCUUUGUUUGUAAUAUGCAUAUGGGUAAAGGUAUUUGUGUAGAACCACCUCUGCUUAGGAACAAAACGACAUGAGAGCAAGCCAUUUAUUCACACAGUUGACUGGUCUUCCAUGUUCUUUCAGGAUGUUCAUUAUGUCUGUGAAGAAACUAAAAAUUAUGAAGACGUCAGAGGCUAAUGGACUUGGUAAGCAAUUUUGUUGUUGGUUUCCUCGUGUAGCAGGCGUGAGUGUUUCUUUGCCAUUCAUAUUUCAGUUUUCUGUGCA